AUGGCCCAACAACAACUCACGAGGCGGACAGCAUCCCUACUUCAGCUAUCUCAGAACUUUCGCACCCAACGCACUUUCAGAAAUUCCAGCGUAGGGAGACGCUGUCUACGGGCACUAAGUGAGAUAAUCCCUACACCUCAGCACCAGCGGUCCUUAAAUGAACGGACUGUCAAGCCUUUCUCUGAGUUUCUCACGGACAAAUUUCAUCGUCAACAUGAUUACCUACGGAUCAGCGUCACGGAACGGUGUAAUCUGCGGUGUUUGUACUGCAUGCCCGAGGAAGGGAUAGACCUGUCGCCACUGCCCCGGCUGUUAACCUCGCCGGAAAUUGUUUACUUAUCAUCAUUAUUCGUCUCUCAGGGCGUUACAAAGAUCCGUCUGACGGGCGGGGAACCAACGGUGCGGAAGGACAUUGUCCCCUUAAUGCAAGAAAUUGGCAAGCUACGGCGAGUCGGGCUACGCGAGCUAUGUCUGACCACAAACGGGGUCUCACUACACCGAAAGCUAGACCAUAUGAUAGAAGCGGGCCUGACAGGCGUAAAUCUGAGCCUGGACACUCUGGAUCCAUUCCAGUUUCAGAUCAUGACCCGACGGAGUGGAUUCGAGGCCGUGAUGAAGAGCAUAGACCGUAUUCUGGAAAUAAACCAGAGCGGCGCCGGCAUCAAGCUAAAGAUCAACUGCGUUGUGAUGCGCGGCUUGAACGAUCGUGAGAUCAUCCCAUUCGUCGAGAUGUGUCGUGAGAAGCCUAUCGAGGUGCGCUUUAUCGAGUACAUGCCCUUCGAUGGGAACAAGUGGAACCAGGACAAGAUGUUCUCGUACCAGGAGAUGCUAGCGGUGAUCCGAAAGAAAUAUCCGACGUUAGAGAAGCUCGCCGAUCAUAAAAAUGAUACCAGCAAGACAUAUCAAGUACCUGGAUUUAAGGGCCAUGUCGGAUUUAUUACCAGCAUGACGCACAAUUUCUGUGGCACCUGCAAUCGACUCCGAAUUACGAGUGACGGCAAUUUGAAAGUGUGUCUUUUUGGAAAUUCGGAGGUUUCGCUGCGGGAUAUCAUCCGUAAGGAGAAUCACGGGCGGCCUAUCGACGAGGAAGCCUUACCGGAUCUUCUGGAGACUGUGCAGACCGCUGCCCGUCUCGGUGACAAUGGGGGCCUGGCUGAACGAGAGCGCGAGAUCCUGGAUAUCAUUGGUAUGGCCGUGAAGCGUAAGAAGGCGAAACACGCCGGCGUGGACGAGCUGAAGAACAUGAAGAACCGUCCAAUGAUUCUCAUUGGUGGGUAG